UCAGUUUAUAUUUCUAUGAAGCAGAACUGAAAUAUGGAUGAAGAAAGUGCGAGUAGAACCCUAGCUCCCUAGAUUACUAGUUACGAUGAAGAAGAAUUCGAAAAUUACAAUUCGAUGGACGACAUCCAUGAUGAAGAAAUGGAUUUUUAUACACAGUGGGAGAAGAAAAAGAAGAAGAGGAACACGAAAUGGAGGUAUUAGAAGUAAAGGGGAAAGAAGAAAACUAGUAACAGAGUCGAGGCUUCUUCCAAAGGAGAUCAUCAUGGACACCCUAUCAUUGUUACCAGUUAAAUCCAUUUUAAGAUUCAGAAAGAUAUAUGCGCCUGCCAAGAAGCAGAAGCUGGAGGUGGAUCACUUAACCUCUGAUGUUCAGGAAAGAUUUAAUACUCACAAAGAAGCACCUAAAGGAACCCGAGGAAGGAGUAGUGGGCCUUUUGUUUCUCUCACAGAAGUUGAAGAGAGUCAAGUAUCUCUUGCCUUCGCAAAGUUCAAUAGGCAGAAAAUCUUGGUUACGCAUCAGAAUUCUAACAUUGAGAUUACAGGCCAAAUUUUGCAGUGCCUGAAACCAGGUGGCUGGUUGAAUGAUGAGGUCAUAAAUGUCUACUUUGGAUUGUUGAAGGAGAGGGAACAAAGAGAACCAAAAAAGUUUUUGAAGUGUCAUUUCUUCAACACCUUCUUCUAUACCAAGCUGAUUAGUGCGCGGGAUGGUUAUGACUUCAAAUCUGUCAGAAGAUGGACUACUGAAAGGAAGAUAGGGUACAGACUUCUUGAGUGCGACAAGAUUUUUGUCCCUAUCCACAAAAACAUGCAUUGGUGCUUGGCUGUUAUCAAUAAGAAGGACCGGAAGUUUCAGUAUCUUGAUUCACUCCAAGGCAUGGAUCACCAAGUUCUUAAAGCCCUGGCUAGAUAUUACAUGGAUGAAGUAAAAGAUAAAAGUGGUGAAGACAUAAACACAAAUUCUUGGACAUUGGAAUAUGCUUAUGACAUACCUCAUCAGGAGAACAGGUCAGACUGUGGCAUGUUCAUGAUCAAGUAUGCUGAUUUCUACAGCAGAGGUCUUGGGCUCUGUUUUAGUCAGAAACAUAUGCCCUAUUUCCGUAAAAGAACUGCAAAGGAGAUACUUAACUUAAUAGCUGAAUGAACACGAGCUAUCAAAUUGACAUCCUACCACCAUGUUGAAGUGAAUUAAUUGGAGACCAACUGAUCUGUAAGAACAAGAUAUGCAAGGGACGAUUGGAAUAUUGAUCUUAAGUUUUGAAAUGUGAUGAUGAUAUUGGUUGGCGAACCUCAAAUGGCUGAUUCCAAACAUUAGCAUUUGGGUGGUAGUAAUUUUGUAUUUAGCAUUGUUUCUUUUUUCUCCAGUGACUUCUUACUGAACACACUAAAGCAGUUGAAAAUAUAAGCGAUUUUGUAUAUCGGAUAACGUAAGUUGGCAUGUCUUAGACUUUGGGUUUUAAGUUUGUCUGUUGUUCAGAUAGGGUCGAUAUAUGUGGAUGAAAGACAAAUACGUAAAUCUUGGCACGCUUGAAUGUUCUAAUGACAUACCUCAUCAGGAUUAUGGGUCGGACUGUCGCAUGUUCCUGGUGAAGCAUGCUUACAUAACAGAUAAGUCUAUGACUCUGUGGUUUACCCAGGUAAAUCAGGUUUAUUCUCCAGCUCGCGUUUUCGCUGUUACUUGUUACGGCCAAGGGAUUCUGAGUACUCAGUAUAUAGAAUUGGAUCAGACAACUUACCAACACUUGUAUGAAAUAGAGACUGACAGGUUUAAAUUAGGUUUCUUAUGUCGAGCUGAGUGUGAACUCUUCGGAUAUGUUCUUAUUGUAGAAAGAUGUGCCCUGUUUCUGAAAGAGAACUGCAAAAGAGAUCCCGAUGUAUGUACGUCAGAGUCAAGAUAACAGAAGCAAGGGUUGAACAUGGUGAUGCGAAGUUUUAAAAUAUGGAUGCACAUAAUGGAACCCCAUUUGGUCCGCAGAUUCCAAGGAUUGGGUAUUAGUCUUCUUUUUGUGCUUGCAGUUGUUAAAUGAAUUUCUUGUCCUAUUUGGAAUUCUGUUACAUCCUGGACAUAGAUAUACUGCUAUAGAUAUGACUGAUCAAAUCUCUUGCA